UGUUCGUUGAAGCUCUUUGAACUGAGCACCAAAGUGAUGGAAUCUCAGACUCCCAAUCCCCAAAGAAACUCCAUUGCAGACCCCCAAGCAGAGCUUCACUGCUGUAUCAAUGGCGAAUCUCUCGAUUCCACUGAUGCCGACCUCUCUUUCGAAGAUGUCGAUAGCUCUUGCUCCACUCCUUACGUCAGUGCUCCUUCCAGCCCCGGCCGCGGCGCUGUUCCUGCCUUCUUUUAUAGUGCUCCGGCCAGCCCUAUGCACUUCGUCAUUACCAAAAACCCUACCUCUUCCUCCUCCUCUUCCGCUUCCAUGGAUAAUCAUUCUUCUUCGUUUGAGUUCGAUUUCUCCGCGAGGUUUGGCUCUAAUGGCCGCUCGAGUUCCAUGGCAUCGAUGAGCUCCGCCGACGAGUUGUUUCACGACGGGAAGAUCCGUCCGAUGAAGCUCUCGACGCACUUGGAGUUGCCGUUGGUGCCAAUGCUGGACCUAGAGAAUGGCGAUGGAAAAGGAGACGGAAUCGUUGAGUUUGUUCGAGGGAGGGAUCUGAGGCUGAGGGAUAAGUUUCAGCGGCGAAGAACUAGAUCCAUGUCGCCGUUAAGAUACUCGCCGAUUGAGUGGACGGAGAGCGAGUAUGGAGAUGGAAUCAAUGUCGAAUGCUCUGUAACUGAAAACGAAAUUUCUGGAGAAUGUGGAGUAAUGGAGAAGGUUGAAGAAAUUGCAUCCAACUCCGAGGUCAGUACUCCUUCCAUUUCGGCUUCAUCCUCGAGAUCGUCUUCGGCAGGAAGGAGCUCGAAGAGAUGGAUUUUCCUGAAGGAUUUUCUGUACAGAAGUAAGAGCGAAGGAAGAAGCAACAACAAUUUCUGGUCCAACAUAUCGUUUCAUGCGAAAGAGAAGAAAUCCGGAGGAGAAAACCAGAGAAUCGCGAAGCAAAAGUUCAUCAAUCCAUUGGCGAGUAGGUCUUCAGAAGGUAAGAAGGCAAAAGGAGCAGUUGGAACAAAGAAAGAUGGGGCUAAGAAGCCUUCAAAUGGAGUUGGAAAGAGGAGAGUUCCGCCAUCGCCGCAUGAACGUCACUACGCUGCUAACAGAGCUCACUCAGAGGAGAUGAAGAAGAAGACCUAUUUGCCUUACAGGCAAGGCUUGCUUGGCUGCUUGGGAUUCAGCUCAAAGGGAUAUGGAGCUGUGAACGGAUUCGCCAAAGCUUUGAAUUCUGUCUCUUCCAGGUAAAAUCCCUUCUCAGCUAAUAUACAUUCUUGAAAUAAUGUCUUCUCCUCCGUUUUAGUGUGAUAGAAAAGGCUGCUCUGAGUGAUGGGGUUCAUCCUAAUGACUCCAUUUUCGCCCCAUUAUGAUGCUCUGUAAAUUUAUCUCUAUGAAAUAUGAAUUAGUUCUUCCCUGCAUCUGUUUGAUUCUCUCUUACUUUUCUGUGUUGAUGUUGAAUUAAUUGCAUUGAGAUCUUAAGCUGAUGCCAACAUAGAUAGUGAUCUUGUUAUCCAUGAUCUUAAGCUUGACCACAUGACCAUGCUUAUAUUGACAUAACUUUUCUUUGGGACAAGCUUUUCUUUUGUUGCAUCAAACCUUAGGUCCAUGUUUUUGAUGAUU